AGCAUAUACGAAAAAUAUAUAACAAGCCCACACACCUUUCMCAAAAAUUGAAAAUUCCCCAGAAAUAGCAAAAUGCCGCAAUCGCCUAGAAAAUAUGCAAAAUACACCCACACACAUACUUACAAGAAAGUCACAUAUACAMGAGUACAUAAAUGCAAAGCAUCGUCAAGCCAUUUAAGCGCUACAAAAGAUGAAAGUGGAARGCACAUAGAUAUAUAUUGUCACAAAGCGCAGUUUUCGGCGCUGUUGCGCAAAGCGGAGUUGCGAUUGUCACCAACACCACUGCACACGCAUCCACUGAGCUGCCUGCCGUAGCAGUAGCGCUGAGUAAAGCCAAGCUAAGCAAGACUAUUUGCAUUUGAUUGAUUGAUUGAUUGGCGCAUUCGCUGACACACACCCACAUACACCACUCCACUCAUACAUAUGUACAUGUAGUGGCAGUGAUUGAUGCUAGCGGAUUGUGAAUUGAAUGCAUUUUGUAAACAUACAAAGAAUUUGCGUGGGUGACGCUAACAACGAAUGACACGUACUCGCUGGGCGCUUUGGUGUUGGCGCACUCKCUACGCCGCACCGGCACCGCCCAUCAGCUGGCCGUCUUGGUGACGCCUGCCGUAUCGGCGGCCAUGCGCCAGCGCCUACAAGAUGUCUACAAUGUCGUGCAGGAGGUGAAUGUUUUGGACUCACAGGAUGCCGCCAAUUUGGCACUGCUCGCACGCCCCGAACUCGGUGUCACAUUCACAAAACUGCAUUGCUGGCGCCUCGUGCAAUUCGAGAAGUGCGUCUUCCUCGAUGCCGACACACUGGUGCUGCAAAAUAGUGAUGAGCUAUUCGAGCGCGAAGAACUGUCGGCCGCACCCGAUGUCAGCUGGCCCGACUGCUUCAACUCCGGUGUGUUCGUAUAUCGUCCCAGCUUGGAGACGUUCGCCAAAAUCACACAGUUUGCCRUCGAGCAUGGCAGCUUCGAUGGCGGUGAUCAGGGUUUGCUCAAUUUGUACUUCGACGAUUGGGCGCAAAGCGACAUUAAGAAGCAUUUGCCAUUCAUCUACAAUGUGGCCGCAUUCGCUUCGUACUGCUACUUGCCCGCAUUCAAACAGUUCAGAGAUAAGAUUAAGAUUUUGCAUUUUGCGGGCAAAUUGAAACCAUGGCUCAUACAGUUCAAUUCCGAGAACCGCACAGCACUGACGCCCACAGAGUAUGCGCACGCCGCCGACUUGAUACAGCUCUGGUGGAGCAUCUUCUGCGACAAUGURCACCAGCAGUUGACCGAUGAUAUGUGUGGCGCCAUUAUUCAUUAUUACUAUCACUAUCGACCCGAACUACCAGCACAACAACAACACGAUCAUUACUAUCAUCAUUACGAACAUGAGCAACACCAUCAUCAUCAACAGCAGCAACACGAACAUUCACCGUCGYCGAAUUAUUACGAGUUCGAAGAAAUUAAAGAAUUUCGUGAUCCUUGGGAAGAUUACUAUGAGAAUUUAGCCAGAGAGCGUAGCAAUAGCAUUAAAGCGAGUGAACAGCACCACGAACAACAUUAUGAACCCGAACAACACUAUGAGCAAGAGCAAUACCACCACGAACAACACUAUGAGCAAGAGCAAUACCACCACGAACAACAUUAUGAACAAGAACAACACCAUCAUGAACAGCAUCAGCAUGAAGAACAUCACCAACCCGAAUGGCAACAGCCAGCAGCAGAGCCAACACACGAGUGGCAAAACAGAGAGCAAGAACAAUCAAGACAAGCGCAUAGUGAGGCUAAUUAUGAGCGAGAACAAGCUGCCGUUGUUGAGACCGCACAAUCACAGCAGCAACAACAAGAGUAUCAUGAACAAAAAGACAAGCCAAUAGAACAAUAUCAGGCAACUGCUACCCAUGACUCCCAUGGAACGCAUGUUAGUCCUGUUAGCCAUGAAUCCCAUGAGCAAAGUACAAAAAAUUCAACAAGCAAAAGUGUUGAAGCCACUGCCACUGAGCAACGAAUUUAUGAAGCCGAAAUUCAUAAAGAGAGCACUGCCCAAAAACCACGAGACUCCUCAUCUGUAACGCAAAAAUCACAAAGUACAGAUGGGACAAAGAAAAAACCCGUUAGCAUUAGGUCUAGUACAGAUAAGCAAGCAUUCCGUAGUGAAGAUGUGAAUGAAAGAGAAAACAAACACAAAACUAAUGAAAAGAAUGAGGCUGGUUUGGCUGGCGCUUUGUCUCAGCUGCGUCUCGGCGAGCAACGCACACCCGAACAGGAAGCCUACGAACAGCUAAUGCGCCGCCAAUGCUGGGAAUCCGGGCAAAUCGAUUACACCGGCMGAGAUGCCUUCGACAAUAUUUGGAAGAAAAUCACGCAAACCUUGGAAUCGAAGCCCGGCGCCACGCCGCCACAGGAGGAGGAUAAGUCUGGUACUUCAUAAAAAAAAAAAACUGUUUUAAUAAAAAUAAAACAAAAAUUUCUUAACAAAUAUGAAGUGAAACAUUUUCAAGCACAUGAAAGAAAAGAGACGUCCUUCACAGUUAUACCUACAUAAAUACUAAAAAAAAAUAUAUACAUAUAUAAAUAAUGAAAAAUAAUACAAAAUUGCACAAAAAAAAAAAGAAGAAGAAAACACUACAACAAACAUUUUACAUUUACAAUAAAGCGAAAAUGUUUGCUACAAACAAAGCACAAUGAACAAACUUUUUCUAUUACGCACACACACAUAAACACAAAGGCACACAUGCAUAUUCACAWGUAGGCCCACAUGCUUACUCGCCCACAGGCACAGCAUGCGACAAUAAAAUAUGCACAAGUUGAGGGCACAUUAUUUCACUGACAUUGGUUGAAAAUUUUU